AUUCCCCAUUCGGGCUGCAUGGACUCCUCCCACAGUUCUCUCCAACAGCAACAGAAGCAUCCAGGCCUCGAUAGCAACUCUCACCUCAGGGGACCAGGAGCACCAAUGAUGCAGCCUCGCAAUCCCUCCCAAAACACCAGACUACACACAGAACGCUCCUUUGGGUUAGGGGGUUCCGCUGGCUCUGAGGUGCCAGAGCCUUCCUUAGAUGUGAGUAGCAACAUCUUAAUUCACUUAAUUCACUCUCUUUAUUAAAGGGAUACUUUGGUAUUUUGGCAAUGAGGCCCUUUAUCCACUUCCCCAGAGUCAGAUUAACUUGUGGAUACCAUUUUUAUGUAUCUGUGUCCAGUAUGAAGGAAGUUAGAAGUACUGUAUACCGAACAAAAAUAUAAACGCAACAUGUAACAAUUUCAAUGAUUUUACUGAGUUACAGUUCAUAUAAGGAAAUCAGUCCAUUUAAAUGAAUUCAUUAUGCCCUAAUAUAUGGAUUUCACAUGACUGGGCAGGGGCGCAGCCAUGGGUGGGCCUGGUAGGGUAUAGGCCCACCCACUAGGGAGCCAGGCCCACCCACUGGGGAGCCAGGCCCAGCCAAUCAGAAUACGUUUUUCCCCACAAAAGGGCUUUAUUACAGACAGAAAUACUCCUCAGUUUCAUCAGCAGUCCAGGUGGCUUGUCUCAGACGAUCCUGCAGGCGAAGAAGCCGGAUGUGGGCUGGCGUGGUUACACGUGGCCGUGCAUGUGUGCCAAAUUCUAGGUUUUAGGAGAGUGCACAACAACAAAAAACUUAUAAUAAAAGGUCCUGAGCUAUAGGCAGUUAGAUUUGGGUAUGUCAUUUUAGGCAAAAAUUGGAAAAAAAGGGUCCGAUCCUUAAGAGGUUAAUGCUUCAAUCUAUGGCUAGAGGACUCCUGAUAUCUCCAGGAGUGAUAACUAGAACUUUUUUUUGUCUUUAUCUGUUGUGGUCUAGUACUGUCUUUUUGCUAGCUAGGGCCAUCUACUUUAAGUGCUGCCUGUCUUCCCAGUAGCCUACUUGGUGUGUGAACUGCUGACUGCUCAUCAUUUGCAGAUAGUUGUUGACACAUCAACCAGGAUCAAAGGGCAGGGCAAUUUGUGACUUGUUUUGGUAAUCAGUGGCUGUAUUGAGGGUGAGUGGUUUCACCUCACCUAGGCAAUCAGCAAUUAGUACAGGGAGGUGUGCACUCCACCUCUGCUAGGCAAUUGUUAGUUAUUCAGUCUCCCUGGUUUCUCAGCGGCAGCUGUAAGUGGCGGUCGUGUCAGUGGUGGUUUUGUCGCAAAACUAAGACCGUCGCCGAAGCAAAGACGGUUCUGCCGAGUUGUUCUGCAGAGUUAUUUGAGGAAGGCUCUUUUGUAGUUUUGGCAACUGUGUGUGUUUUCUAUACCUGUUCGCACCUCACCCUGUAGGCUUUACAGAUGCUCCCCACCCCUUGGCUGCAACCCUGCCAAUUUAGUGUACCCUGCGCGCACAACCCAUGUGGAAUUCCGGGACUAUGGCAACGUUUGGAACUGCCGAUCUGCGGUGAAGAAUGCUGAGUUCAUCUCAGCCUAUGCUGCCAUUCAGUCUCUUUACCUUUUGGCCCUGAUGGAGACUUGGAUCACCCCAGAGAACACUGCUACUCCAGCUGCUCUUUCUUCAUCUGACUAUGUUUUCUCUCAUAGUCUGAGAGCAUCUGGUCAUCACAGUGGUGGCACAGGUCUACUCAUUUCUCCUAAGUGGAGAUUUUCUAUUUUCUCCCGCUCUCACCUGUCCAUCUCCUCAUUUGAAUUCCAUGCUGUCACUGUCACUUGUCCACUCAAGCUUAACAUUAUUGUCAUCUAUCGUCCACCAGGUGCCCUUGGAGAGUUCCUCAAUGAGCUUGACACCUUGAUAAGCUAAUUUCCUGAUGAUGGCUCCACCGCUCUUCGUACUUGGCGACUUCAACCUCCCGACGUCUGCCUUCGAUUAAUUUCUUUCCAACUCUCUCUUUCCCCUCCGUGCCCUCCAACUCACAAGGCAGGCAAUACGCUUGCCCUCAUCUUUACUAGAGGCUGCUCGCUUACUAAUCGCAAUGCAACCCCCCUCCAGGUCUCUGAUCACUACUUUGUUUCCUUUUCUGUCUCCCUUUCCUCCAACCAUAACCAAUCAGCCCCUACCUAGAUUGUCAUGCGCUGUCGCAAUCUUUGCUCUCUCUCUCCCACUACUCUCUCAUCUUCUAUCCCAUCAUCUGUCCCUUCUGCUAAAUCCUUCUCCCUUCUGUCUCCUGAUUCUGCCUCUUCGACCCUACUCUCCUCCCUUUCCGCAUCUUAUGACUUGCACUGUCCCCUUUCCUCCCAGCCGGCUCGGCCCUCCCCUCCUGCUACGUAGCUGAGUGACUCUUUGCGAGCUUACAGAACAGGGCUGCGGGCAGCUGAGCAAAAAUGGAGGAGAACUAAACUCCCGGAGGAGCUAUCAUCCUUUCACUCCCUCCUCUUUAUCUUCUCUUCCUCUGUAUCCGCUGCUAAAGCCACUUUCUACCACUCUAAAUUUCAAGCUUCUGCCUCUAACCCUAGGAAACUCUUUUCCACCUUCUUCUCCGUCCUUAAUCCUCCACCCCCUCCCUCCUCCCUCUCUGCGGACGACAUUGUCAAUCACUUUGAAAAAAGGUUGACGACAUCCGCUUCUCAUUCACUCAGCCUAUUGAGUCCACUGGUCUCACUCACACAGAACUACCCUAUGCUUUGACCUCUUUCUCCCCUCUCUCUCCAGAUGACAUCCUGCGACUAGUGAGGUCUGGCCGCCCGACAACCUGCCCACUCGACCCCAUCCCCUCCUCCCUUCUCCAGACCAUCUCUGGAGACCUUCUCCUAUUCCUCACUUCCCUCAUCAACUCAUCCCUGACCACUGGCUGCAUCCCCUCUGACUUCAAAAUGGCCCGAGUUGUGCCCCUCCUCAAGAAACUAACAAUCGACUCAUCUGACGUCAGAAACUUUAGACCUGUAUCCCUUCUUUAUUUUCUUUCCAAAACACUUGAGCGUGCUGUCUGAUCAACUUUCUUGUUAUCUCUCUCAGAACUAUCUUUUUGACCCUAACCAGUCAGGCUUCAAGACGGGUCACUCAAACGAGACUGCUCUUCUCUGUGUCACGGAGGCUCUCCGCACUGUCAAAGCUGACUCUCUCCUCUGUUCUCAUCCUACUAGACCUUUUUGCUGACUUUGACACCGUGAACCAUCAGAUACUCCUGUCCACUCUCUCAAGGCUGGGCGUCUCAGGCUAUGCACACUCUUGGAUUGCAUCCUACCUGGCAGGCCGCGCCUACCAGGUGACGUAGAGAGGAUCUGUGUUUGCACCACGUACUCUCACUACUGGUGUACCCCAGGGCUCGGUUCUAGGCCCUCUCCUCUUCUCCCUAUACACCAAGUCACUCGGCUCUGUCAUAUCCUGACAUGGUCUCUCCUAUCAUUAAUAUGCGAAUGACACUCAACUACUUUUCCCCUUCCUCCUUCUGACACCCAGGUGGCGACACGCAUCUCUCACUACCACCUCAAGCUCAACCUCGACAAGACGGAACUGCUCUUCCACCCGGGGAAGGCCUGCCCACUCAAAGACCUCUCCAUCACGGUUGACAACUCCACAGUGUCGCCCUCCCAGAGUGCAAAGAACCUUGGCGUGACCCUGGACAACAUACUGUCGUUCUCUGCAAACAUCAAAGCAGUGACCCGCUCCUGCAGGUUCAUGCUCUACAACAUCCGUAGAGUAUGACCCUACCUCACACAGGAAGCGGUGCAGGUCCUAAUCCAGGCACUUGUUCUCUCCCAUCUGGACUACUGUAACUCGCUGUUGGCUGGGCUCCCCGCUUGUGCCAUCAAACCCCUGCAAUUAUCCAGAACGCAGCAGCCCGCCUGGUUUUCAACCUUCCCAAUUUCUCUCAGGUCAACCUGCUCCUCCGCACACACCACUGGCUUCCAGGAGAAGCUCGCAUCCACUACAAGACCAUGGUACUUUCCUACGGAACAGCAAGAGGAACUGCCCCUCCCUACCUUCAGGCUGUGCUCAAACCCUAAACCCUAACCUGAACACUCCGUUCUGCCACCUCAGGUCUCUUGGCCCUCCCGCAGAGUCCCUGCCCAUCUUCCGAAAACAUCUGAAACCCUACCUCUUCAAACAGUAUCUUAAAUAAUCCUCCUCCUCACCUCGACCCCCCCCCAAAAAAAAUAAAUAACUGCACUUGCACUUGAACCCACCCCACCACCUUCUAGCUCUGACUCUACUGAUAGCUACGUUAUUGAGGAAAAAUGUACUUUCUAUGCCUGUGAUAUGUGGUUGUCCCACCUAGCUAUCUUAAGAUGAAUGCCCUAACUGUAAGUUACUCUGGAUAAGAGCGUCUGCUAAAUGACUAAAAUGUAAAAUGCAAAUGACUUACUUCAACAAGGAAAUCUGCACACGAGUGGUCACAAACAGAUGUACGUUUUAUGCAGACCAAAGAACAAACUAUAGCUACAAAAAAACUAUAGCUACAGGCUCAUAUGUGAAUGAUAAUGACUAUAUUUGUGUUGUGAAUGAUUGAGUGAGGCAAAAUGUAUUCAUGACACAGUACUAGCUGUACCUAAUCUUUUGGGAUUUACAAUUCUCUCUCUCUCUCCUCUGCAGUUACUUCCUGAAUUGACAAAUCCUGAUGAGCUGCUGUUAUAUCUUGGCCCCCCUGAUUUACCGAACAACAGCAAUGAUGACCUACUCUCUCUCUUUGAGAACAACUGA